AGGCGGCAGGCGAUACAACAGAACGGAGGGGAAUAAACUGGGCCAACAACUUUAAAAGUACAAGCGGCCGAAGAAGAGGCGGAGGAAGAGCCAUCAUGCGAAGUGCAUAGACCAGGAACAAUAGUAAAUGCCACGUCAGCAGCAGUAGCAGCAGCAGCAGCAGCAGAAGCAGAAGCAGCUACAACCACAGCAAGAGCAACAGCAACAGCAACAGCAACAGCAAGAACAACGACCGUAAAAACGAGUCAACAACAGCUUAAAACAUAAUCCUCUAUCUAAAGGCAACAAGCGGAUAGAGAGACGGCGAGACAGCACGAAAGAGAGAAGAAAAGCGAAGCACGGGGGAGGACAAGACUGAGACGGAAGACGAAGACGUGACACGGAGACCAGAGACGGGAGACCGCUCCCCCAGUGAUGGGAGAGAGUACAAAGCGACAUUGGAAGUGACGAAAAAUCGUUGCUGUAAUUAGUGCUGCCAAAGCGCGUAUGAAUAAAAAGCCUGGCCCGCAGCGGAAACGGAAAUGCUGGCGACAGACGGCCCACUUAGCGGAGACGGUGGUGGCCACUAAUGGAACAUCGCGCGAUCAUGUCCGACGUUGAGAAGGCGACCAAGAUUAAGGGCAAGCAGCGCCUGCCAGAGGAUGACGGAGAUGCUGCUGACGAAGCAGGGUCAGGGCCAUGCUCGGCUGUGGGGGUAAAGACCACGGCCACACUGAUGGCCAAGAAGAAGAGCUGCCCGCAACGCUGUCUCGGACAGCUGCUGAAGCUGGUGCUCUCGACGCCCGGCCUUAUGCUGCUGGUAACGCUCUACUCGGUGCUGGGCGCCCUGAUCUUCCCACUGCUGGAGGCGCCGCAGGAUCUGAACAAAUCGGCGGCCAUAGCCAAGAGCCGCGAGGACUGUCUCCGUGAACUCUGGAUCAUAACGGAGAAACUUAACGUUCUGUACGAACGCAACUGGACGAUGCUGGUGCACGAGCAGCUGCGUCGCUUCGAGGGAUCCAUUGUGGCUGCCACACGCCAAGGAGCCGCAGGAGUGGGUGGUGCAGCCAGCUUCCAGUCAGCCAGCGCCAGUGCCCUGGGCCACUUUGGCUACGAUGCAGGCGAUCCACAGAGCUGGACCUUCAGCGAAGCCCUACUCUACUCCGUCACUGUGAUAACGACAAUUGGUCAUGGCAGUCUUACUCCCCGCACUGCUGCUGGAAAGCUGGCCACCAUUUUCUACGCCCUCAUCGGUGUGCCCCUGAUGCUGAUGUGCCUGUCCAGUCUGGGCGCGUUGCUCGCCGAGGCAUUGCAGUGCACGUACAUGCGACUGUGCUGCCAGCUGCAAAUGCAUCGGCAGCGAAGGAAGCCAGCUCAGGGGGCCAGCGCGUCGACAGCUACGACAGCGAAACCAACAGCGACGACGACAGCGACAAAACGUCGCCAGGCAGCUGGCAAUGGGGCCAAUUGCAGGAGCUGCAAAUACGAUGCGGCCAACACGGAGACGAGUCUGAACGAGUGCUACGAAUACGGACAAGGACAGAAGGCGGCAGCAAGGGGCAAGCUGCCACCGGGUAAGGGAGAAGAUGCCUGUCAAUUGUUGCACAGCUUAAAUCAGCAGCAGCAGCAACAUUUUUACCCGCCACAGCAACAGCAGCAACAACAGCAGCAGCAGCAGCAGCCGGAUGUCAUGCUAAUGACAACAACAACAACGGGCAGCGCAAUGUUGAAAUAUGCACCGCAACAGCAGCAACAACAGCAGCAGCAGUUAUCGACAGCGAGUCUACCGCGGCAACAUCACCCACAUCCACAAGCCCACGGCCAUGCCCAUCCCCAACAGCAACUUCAACAGAAUUUUGUCGCCGUGCCCAGCAGCAUGCUACGGUCAAUGCCUCUGGCUAUGCCGCCCAAUUGCUAUGGGCCUGCCACUGCCACGAUUUACUUUCCAUUUGCACCGUCUGCAGCGGGCAGUCCCCAGCACUCCCACCAUCUGGCCGCGACGACAGAUGCAGCCCAUGGACCCGGAUCUGGGCCUGGGCCUGGGCCUGGGCUGGUCAAGUACCACACGAUUCAUUUGCAGCCUGCCUCCUCGAAGCACCGACUGCUGGCCUCGGCUCUGGACCAGCCUUCCAUUGUGGGCCAAGGCGCCGAGUCCACGGCCACCCUGGAAUCCAUAACAUUGCCACCGCCGCCAGCUUACCAAACAGCCAGUAUUCAUGCUGUGCGACGCGGAAAGUUCGUGACCAAACCGUUGCCACACGAGAUCAAUGCGCUGAUGGACUCUGGAACGGUAGCGGGCGCGGGAACGGGAACGGGAACAGGAACGGGAGAUGCUGAUUUAUCCAGCAGGCAUGAUUUAUUGCCAUAUGCAUUAAAAACAGCAGCAACAAGCACCGCAGCAUCAGCAUCACCAGCAGCCUCCUCUCCUGCAUUGUUGACCUACACGGCUGCAGCAACAGCAGCGACGGCGGCGGCGGCGGCGGCGGCGGCGACGAGCCCACAACUGUCUGGCGGCAUUAAAGCUGCCACAGGAGGAGGCGGUGCCGCAACAAUGUCCGAUAACAGUUUUAUAGCCGCAGGUGUCUGUGGCAUGGCUGCAACAGCAACAGCAACAGCAUCAGCAGGAACAACAUCCUCGAGUGCUGCAGCCACAUUGUCGACCCUGCUAUGCUCCAACGCCACUGGCAACGUGGACAUCAUGGAGGACGAGGAUGAGCAGGAGCGAGAGCGCUUGAGCAACUGCCCGCAUGGCACGCCCUCGCGGGUGCCGCUGAUAGCCAGCCCCCUGAGUGUGCCCCAGGACUCGGGUGAAAGGAGUGGAGGCUGCGGACAGAGUGGCUCGCGGGGCCUGUUGAAUGCCACGGCCGCCUCGUUCCACCGCCACACGAUGCAGCCACUGAACCGCAAGAAGAUGCUGCUCACACGGCGCUGCCAGCGGCAUGCCACGGCCGCGCUCUACGACGGGGCAGCCACCACAACGGAAACCUCCGACGACGAGGAGUACAUGCAGCAGGGCAGCGAGCAGUUCGUGCUGCGGAAGCUGCGAUACCACAGCGAGUCCGAGGACGGUGGGCAGGACGAGGAGACGGAGGACGAGUGCGAGGAGCGGCAACACCGAGUGCCCAUUAGUCUGGUGCUGCUCAUCCUCAUGUGCUACAUCAGUGCGGGCACCGUGAUCUUCGCCCUUUGGGAGGACUGGUCCCUGGUGGACGGCGCCUACUUCUGCUUCGUGACGCUCUCGACGAUCGGCUACGGUGAUUUCGUGCCCGCCCGCAGCUUCAACGGACCAGCGCUCCAGCUGUAUGCCUGCUGCGCCUACCUGUUGCUCGGCCUCGUCCUGGUGGCCAUGUCCUUCAGCAUCCUCGAAACGCAGCUCAUGUGGAAGUGCAGGAGGAUAGCGGUGCGACUGAAGCUGACCCGCACCGAUUGAAACUUAGUCUGUCUCCGUUCAGAAAACUCCAAUCACUAAUCUAAAGCAAUUCCCAUUCCUCCUCAUGCUUGAACCAUUCUAGGAUAAGUUUACUGUAUAAUCCAUACAGGCAUCAACUAGCCCCGUCUCUGUGUAAAUUCGUCUGCCUAGAAAUGUAAUGCGUACUCGUAUGUUGUCUGAGAUUCAAAUGAAUUUGUGUAAAUAAAUAAAUGG